CUCGAUUCCGCGCCAAUGUGACAACGCUUGGUGAGUGCGCCCUGCUCUUGAGGAGGGAUGAGUAUUGGCUCACAUUUCUUCUUGGAGUUCCGGAUUCACGGCCUCUUCUACAACAGUCAUGGGAGCUCGGGUGGGGGGUUUCCCGCAUGCGAACCACAAUGGGCGGCCACGACACAAUGUCCCAAUCGGACUGCGAGUCUGCGACGCCCAGCUCUGGUCUGUAGGGGAUGCUCAGCCGCAGCCGCAGAGCUGAUCCCAAUUCCAUCGGUGGGCGCCGACGCUGCCUAGCAAGUAGAAUGAGGCGGCUUACGAUGGUUGAAAAGGCGGACUAUGGGCUGCCUCUGCGCUCCGUGAUUCUUCAGCUUGUUGCUCCUGUCCAGUCUUCGAUACUACCUUUACCAGCGCACGGACAAUGAGCUAUGGCAGCCCAGCAGGUCAGCAACCUCGACGAUCUUGUGAGAGCGGUUGAGCGGCACCACGAGCAGUACAUCAAGAGUCUCCGUGCCCUUCACGACAACGUGGGCGGUCGCAGGCGAGAGCGCUCCGACACGCAGCACACCGUCAGUGAGGCUUUUGUAUCUCCUGCCAGAGCGCCGACUGGCCCCGUCUUCAGCGCAGCUUCGAGCCAUCAGACAAUCACGAGGCCAGCAGCGCGGCGGUCGACACUCGAUGCGCCUGAGCGACCUGUGCUGGGACACUCAUCCUCGCCUUCGCCUAGACUCUUUCCAAGUACACUCCGACUGAGCGAUGGGACAUUUCCUGGCCAUGACGAGGACCUCAACUUCAUUCGGCUUUUGGAUAGCACCCCCAACCUCCAGCCCAACAAGCCUACUUCUAUCCCGCCUCCCGAUGAGACGCCCAGAACGACCAAAACCCUGACGCCUCUUGCCUUUGCGGAUGACAUGCUAUUGAAACACCUACGCGACUCUGAGUUCUGGGGCGAGACACAGCAUUUGCUGGAGGACGUGUUGAAGCGGAGGGAAGACAUUGACACUGCCCAGCCGUUCAGAGACUUCGCGGCGUUUGAACGUGAAGGGUAUCUCAGUGCGACGUUUGAGGUCUACGAUGUCGAUGCCGACGCCAAGGCGACGAAGAUAAGCACGGAUGUCGAUGUGCAGGGCGUCGUCAAGUACGCCGGUGACGGCCCUUUCGACAUGCAGGAUGAGAUUGUCGAUGCGCCCAUGGUCUGGGAAUGUAUCAAAGAUGUGAACCACAAGGGAGAGUCUGUGGGCAGGAUCACAAUCGUCCAAGAACCCACGCCGCUGAUCAUGGCUGCUCUCCAUCUCACCAUGUCGCCUCACUUUGACAUGUCCGAGCUCAUCCAUCACUUUCUGUCUGAGGUUCCUCACAGAGGCCGGACGCAUGCCUGUCUCCAUCGCGCCUUUGAGAAGGAUCCUUAUCCUCUGACGGCCCCUGUGCCACAGCCCGCCAUCAGUACGGCCCGUCUGCGUCAGCGCUCGUUUUUCUUCGCGUUCAAGUACUACACUGUUGUCGGCGACGGUCUUGAGCCAGCACCUUGGCAGCGAUUCGACAAGCGCCCGUCGGACAAACGCACCGGCGAUCAUGUUGACAUAGCCGAGUGCGGUUCCAUCCUUGCCCUGUCCCUGGAAGGCGAGCCAACGAAGCCUCUGCGUAUCCGCCCUAGAAGGGAGCGUACCAAAGAGGGUUUUCUGUUUGACACGUUCGGGGCAUGGCAUCUUCUGAGUAUCCAAAGCUUUCCCGAUGACGAGCACACCGUCCGUGGCGAAGAAUUCCAGCAGAAAAGCUUCUACAAUGGUCCGUAUGCGUUUCUGGACUUGCUAGUCGCAGAGUUCCGUGAUGCCGGCAAGAGGAACCAGAUCCUCCAUGAGAGAAUCACCAAGCUCAUUACGCCUCCUACCGAUUUCAUGUUUGACCGCCGCUUGCGAGACAAACUUCUCUUUGAAGACAAGCAUUUUACCUACAUUCGACGAUACUUUUGGGCCUACAACACUCUCGCUGUCAUCAAUACUGGACUGAAAGCGAUGAUCGCCUCUUACUUUGAUACCUUUACUGAUGAAUUCUGGGCCGGAACCCAUCCUUUGCUGUGGCCCAUCCCCUCGUCAUUGACGCCAGAGGCCGCGGAUGCCUAUCGAGACAAGAUGGGUUUGCUGAGGAAGGAACUUGAGAAAGUCGUCAGUGACCUUGGCGAAGUACUCAACCGGAACGAGCGCACACGCAAGGAGAUUGAGAAUCUAAGGGACCAGCUGUUCAGCGGUAGCUCCAUCAAGGAGAGCAGGCGAGCCAUUGAUCAGGGCGACAACAUUCGGAUCUUGACUAUGAUCAGCAUGAUCUUCCUCCCACUCACUUUCGUCACGUCUGUCUUUGGGAUGACUGACUUUGACAUACCCGCGAAUGACUGGCGUUUCGCGCUCGUAAUGGUUCUGGUAUGCGUUCCCUUCACCAUCCUCAUCUUGCUUCUGCAGACACGCACCUUCACUCUGGUCCUACGCAAGAUCGCGGCGCUGUCUAAGAAGGUCGCGUCCUUGCCGGUUGCGUUGCACGCCAGGAUGAGGGAGCCCAAGGAGGCAGUCCAGGACAACUGGUCCACUGCACCCGUGGCGGUCAAGCCUACGAUGGGCAGGAAGCGCAGGUUGAUGGCGUUGGAGGUGGAAAGCAAGGAGAAGGGAUUGUGGCCCUGGAACGGUUGGUUAGCUGGCAGAGAGGAUGAUGGAGCUAAGCCGUGAAGAGACUGUACAGCGGCAUGUGCGCCAUAUUGUAUGUGAUCUAGUCCGUAAUCCGGUUCUCUUUGUAUCCCAUUCAAUGGAGGAUUUACAUCUGCUUACCAGCAUGCACCCACAUCUUCGUAGGUCUACCACCGUACAUGUACGUAUGGUACGUUACGCAUGGUGGUUUGACUGAUACGGGGCCCUUUGAACGAGGACCAGUCCUCCCAUCACGCGGCGCGGCAUGUCGCGACGUUGGCGUACCUGCAUGGUUUCUGGUGCUGUUGUGCGACCAGUUCGUAAUGGGGUGCUGGAAGCUUGCCAUGAUAUCGCUGCCAGACACCUCGCCAUGUGCCGCGAUGAUUGGGUGCAGGGUGCCAAUCUGUGACAGCCUCCAUUUCCUCCAAACUUUGAAGCCCCUGAUAAGCUCCACGGCCGAAAUUGGAGUUAGAUUGGAGGAUGUACGUAUUCACGGAU